GUGUGUGCUGCGUACUUGCGUAUGUAGUAGGCGCGUAGGCCCUAUACUCCUAUAUACAUACAUUUGGCAUUACGUUAAAAUAUAAAUAAGUAUGUGGUGAGCGUGAAUACUGUACGUAUGGGGUAGCUAAUUCAGAUAUUAUAAAAUAUAAUAUAAUUUGGUACAUUUAUAUUCAGCGAGAUUUAGAAGGACAAUUGAGAUUUCCUUACUAAUUCGUACGUGCGAGACGUUCCAAUUGCAGUCGCGAGAAUAUUUAUGUAGAAACAAAUACCUAGAAUGUUAAAAGCGUAGUCGGGUGUUGUACUUGUGGUAUACAUUUAUCAUUGUGUGGUGAGCGUGCCUGAACCCAGUAGUGUGUAGUGUGUAGUGUGCGUAGUGUGGCCAGUAGCCAGUACCCACUGUACCCAGUAUAGUAGUCAGUACCUAUACUUAUAUGUCGAUGCUGCUCUCUCUGCAGAGAGAGUCUGUCUUAUUGCUCUGUAAUUGAGUAUGCGGGAGGUGGGGGAAAACUUGAUUGAGAAAGAAGAGAAAAAAAAAAAAAAGAAAGAAAAGACCCGCAAAGUCCCUUAUAGAGCAGAAGUGAAGCUGCAGUAGCAGUUGUGCCUUGAGCUGAUUUGAUUCAAGGUACCUAUAUUUGUAAGAUCAGCUUGAUCUUGAUGUGUCUAAUUAAUAGCAUAUUUUUUUUAUUUUAUAAGUACCACUGUUUUCACGAACAUUUGAAUAGCCAAAAACAAUAAUUCAACAAGUUUUUGAUUAUCGCACUUUUACGUAUACUUACUUACGGCAUAUAUUUUAAGUCGGGGACAUGUGCAUCAGCAGCAUUGCCUUAUACAUUAGUUAAUAAGAUAGACAUCCCAGAAUCAUGUCUUGGGCAAACGAGAAAACAAAUUAUUCAUCCACGUAUAAACUGGUCGUCGUUGGUGGCGGAGGAGUCGGCAAAUCUGCCAUUACAAUACAAUUUAUUCAAAGUUAUUUUGUAACCGAUUAUGAUCCCACGAUUGAGGAUUCUUAUACGAAACAGUGCGUGAUCGACGAUGUCCCGGCAAAACUCGACAUACUGGAUACCGCUGGCCAAGAGGAGUUCAGUGCCAUGCGAGAACAGUACAUGAGGAGCGGGGAAGGAUUUCUGUUGGUAUUUUCAGUCACGGACCAUUCAACGUUCGAAGAUAUGUUUAAAUUCCACAGGCAAAUUCUACGAGUCAAAGACCGCGACGAAUUCCCUAUGCUGAUGGUUGGCAAUAAAGCCGAUCUCGAUCAACAGCGAGCGGUUUCCGUCGAAGAAGCUCAGAAUCUCGCCCGACAGCUGAAAAUCCCCUACAUUGAAUGCAGUGCCAAAAUACGUAUGAACGUCGACCAAGCUUUUCACGAACUCGUUCGCAUCGUAAGAAAAUUUCAGCUAUCGGAGAGACCACUUUCUAAGCCCAAUUAUAAGAAAAACAAAAAAAAGUGCUGUGUUUUAUAA